AUGAGCCGGAAAUUUGAACAAGACAAUUCUGUUUACAUCCAUCUUUUGGCCUAUAAAUUAAUGGGAUUAGAAUUUCAGGAUAUUUUACUUGAUGAAUUUUUAAGCAUUUUUGGAAAGCAAUUCUCUGGGAAAGAUAUUUGGCUCGAUAGUCAGUUAAGACUUCCUCAUAGUAAUCAGCUUGCUCUUUUAACCAGUUAUGAGGCAUUUCGCCAAAGAAUAGUGGAG